AUGAAGCUCGUGAAAUCCUUGGCGGGCGCCCUGCUGGUUUCCAUGUGGCUCAUUGUCCAUGCAACUUUCAUGGUGCAUACAAAUCCUUUGUCACAACACGACAAAUAUGGUACAAAGGGCAUCCAUCCGUCCAUCCCCAUCCGCCUUCCCUCGGUGUUUCAGCUAUCUUGGUUUCACAAACUUGUCAAGCAGAUCUUCACAGUUGACCAGCUGGCGAUGCCCCGUGAAGUAUGCGGAGAUAGCUGCGUUGCAUACUUGGCUUGGAUUGUCUCUGUUCUCACUCUCGCGGAGUGGUUAGCCUUUACAGUCUUGCUGUUGAAGGCUGUGUGGAACAAGCUGAUUCGCCCGAUUUUUUCAAUUAUUGGACUUGUUCUCUUGACCACCACGUUGUAUGGCUGCCUCCGCUGCUCUGCCUUUAUGCUUGUGCCCCACCUGCCAGAAGAUUCCGCCGAAGGGGUACUUCGCAUGCUGGUUGCCGUAGAUGGCGCGUUUCUCCAUGUCUGGAAUUCUGUUGUGAAUGCCACAUCAUGGGCUUUGUGGCUCGUCGACGGUCUCCUGAGCUCCCUAACAUGGCCAUCGUUGGAAGCCAUGAGGGAUGAUACGGCCCACGCUAGCCACUGGUCGCUGCUGAACAACCUGAUUAUCAAGGUGAAGGAAGUCACUAGCCAUCUGCCCGACGCCGUGCAUCCUGAGCUCUAA